UUUAAGCUGACCUUCGAGAAGGACCAACAGGAGAGACUGCUCGGCUCGUGUCUACCCCAACAUCUCAUGAAGAAAGUGAAGAGAGAUAUCAGAGAGCGGUUCGCGCAGCACAUGGAACAGCACGAUUCGACACGACAGGCGUCCAUUUCCCGUCCCUUUUCCGAGUUGUAUAUCGAGAAGUAUACGGAUGUCACCAUUUUGUACGCCGAUAUCGUCAACUCAAUGCUUUUGACACAAUCGCUGGAAUCGCCGCAAGAUUUGGUCGAAACUCUGAACGAACUUUUCGGUCGAUUUGACACUCGAGCCGAAGCCAACAAUUGCUUACGUAUCAAACUAUUGGGCGAUUGCUAUUACUGUGUGUCCGGUAUUCCCGUACACGACCCCAACCACGCGUUAAACAGUAUUAAUAUGGGUAUAGAUAUGAUUGAUAUAAUAAAAAAUGUGCGCGAAGACAUCCAGGUGGAUGUGGACAUGAGGAUUGGCGUUCACACAGGAAUGGUCUUCUCGGGUCUGUUGGGGCUGAAGAAGUGGCAAUACGACAUCUGGUCCAUCGACAGCAUGAAGGCGUCCCAAAUGGAGCAUGAUGGCGCGCCCGGCUAUGUUCACGUCACCAAAACUACAUUGGAUUUGGUGCCCAAACAAAGUCGAUCCGAUUUUCAAAUUAAAGAGAACAAUGUGAUUCCGGGUGAGACCACUUACCUGAUCCGCAAAACCAAAACCCAUAUUUCUAUCGCCAAGAAUUAUGUGAAACAAAUUUCCCGAUCGGACCGAAUGGUUGACAAACCGCGACCGAGUUAUACGAGCUCUUUCUUGAGCUCUCGGGUCAGUAUUAUUGAACUCAUCAAUGUCUUCGAGAUCGUCAUCACAUUUCGGUUCAAUGAGUCUUUCCCGCAGAAGAACUUGGGUUUUAGAUUCAAUGUCCGGAAAUGAUUUGGGUAAAUUUCAAGGAAUGCUUAGCUUCGCCAGCGAUACAAUAUCGGACGCCAUCGACAAAAUGCCUCUCAAUCUAAAAAGACAAUACGAGUGUUCGCAUCAUUCGCUGGAAAUCAAUCCACAUUUACUGCAUUUCANUGCAUUUCAUACCCCGGAGGACAAUAGACACACUGAAGAAGAGUACCAUUCGUCACAUCCAUACCAUAGACUUAGAGCACGAGCGCCAAUAUCUCCACGAAAAGGAUCCGUUGUUUCCGUUUUACUUGUAUUUUUCGGCGCUAAUCACUAUCGCUAUUAUGAUCAUCAGAUUCUUGACUCUUUAUGACGAACACACAGAUUGGGGCACUUUUUGGUACACAAACGGCACUAUUGUCUUCUAUCUAACCGUAUCUAUUAUCGCUGUCUCUCUAUAUUUCACUCAUAAAAAGAAACACGAGAUUAGCUAUUAUUAUCGUAUAUUAAUUUGGGCGUCCAUUUCGUUCUCGUUGAUUCUGAUCGCGUGUUUGGAUGUAAUCCAGUGUCCGGUGUCUAACAGAAUCACUCAAGAGGAGAGGGUCGAACACAUCGACACUAGUCAUAAGGGUAGUCACGAAUGUUUAUAUAAAUGGUCUCGGUAUUACACGUAUUCAGCAGUACUGGCGCUGACAUCCAUUUCGAUGUUUAUGCGAAUCAAUUUGUGGCUGAAAUUCAUUUUGGGCACAAUUACCCUCAUUAUAGUUAAUACUCUCACACAAUAUCAUAG